AUGUCUUCGCAGGACGCCGCUGUCAGGCACCAAGCCGUCGUGCCGGACAAGGUCCCCAAUGGAGAGUACCCGCUCAUCGACAACGACCCACAUCUCUCGCGCGUGCUGCGCUACGCCCGCCCCUCUGACUGGCUCUACGGCGCCGCAGUCGGCGCCAUCAGCCCCGGCCUGAUGCUGUACUGGGAGCGAGUCUCGCCCUCGUUCGUCGGCAAGGGUGGAUUUGCGCCCGUCAUGCGCCUGAGCGGUGCUGUCGGUGUUGCCGGAGCCGUCCUCUUCGCCUACUCGAGGUCGACGUCCCGUUUCUACGGCGCGCGCGAGAACCGCCGCGAGCUCGACAUGGACAUGCGCGAGAUGGUCGACAAGGUCAAGAAGGGAGAGCCUCUCUACGGCAAGACCGAGAUGACCGAGUACAUGCAGGGCGUUGCACACAGGAACUCGCGCUACGCAGCCACGUUUGCCCACGUCAUGCCGUGGCCCAACCUGGUCAACCACCCGUACCACGGCGUUGACACGGCGAAGUACUACCGCCAGGCCGAGUUGGAGCUGGAGCAGGAGAAGAACGUCCCUGCCAGGCGCUAG